CACAUUUUCAGUUAAGACACGUUUUGAAACAACUCGAGCUAAAAUUAGAGUAAUGAUGCUAUGAAAAAUACAUAUUUUCCUGAUGAUUUUUUUUUACAGCAGUACUUCAAAAUCACAAUUUGUCUAUAGGUAAUGUGUUAGUGAUCCAGGUUUGAUGCAAUGUGUUAGUGAUCCAGGUUUGACGUAAUGUGUUAGUGAUCCCGGUUUGACCAGCUGAAGUGAGAAAUACUGAGGCGCUGAUGUACAGCUGCUGAUAGAUCUUUUUAGUUGUGAUGGGAUUUGUGAUUCUGUUAUUUUUUGAUGAAUUGAUUGUUUGGAUUUUUCACAUACACGGAGCAGCGUUUUGAGUUCACUGAAAAUGGGUUGAUAUAGGAGUUUUGCUCUGUUGGAAUAGGCUUAUUUGGAAAAAGGUUAGAAAAUAAAAAGUACUGUCUGUGGACAAGCGGUGUGAGAGUAUCUGAUUUGCGGCUUGAGCCUCAGUGUUGCUGUCCAUGGUGCUGAACAUGCAGAAAAUCCAACAUAAAGCCAGUAGGGUUUAGUCCGAGUCAUCGCUACUUGACUGUCCUCACCUUCCUUCUUUCCCAUAGGCUACUCUCUGUUUUUGUGUUUGUUCAUUCUGACGAGUGUGUCGACUAAAAUAGCAACAUAACAUUUCAUUUGCUAUGUAGGUCGCCCAUACAUUUUCUCGCCGAUGUGUCAUAACCUUUUCUAAUGUGUUCCUUUCAGCUAGACCAAUCUUAACUCAAUGCUGUGAGCAUGAUUUUAAAGCAAUUGUUUAUGUUUUAGGCUUUUUAAUGUUGUUUUCUGUGUAUUUCUAUAAGGUUAUUUUGCAACAUAGAAUUACAUUUAUUUUGGGUUUAAUAGAUGUAGGUCUAUAUUAGUAUGCUGCACAUUAUUCAAUCAUGCAGCCUACAACUAUAGCUUCCUAUUACGACUUGACCUGAAAUACAGAUAUAAAAGAAUGUGUGUUUACUUGUGUAAUUUCUGAAGAGUACUGACUGUGUCGCUGUUGACCAGCUGUGUUUGGAUAGAUCCAGUUCUCCACCCACUGCUGUUGUUACAAGACUCGGGUGUUCGGGUGUCAUUCUGUAUUAAAUAUUGGACGCGGUCAGGUUGCUGGAACAUUUUGAGGAUAUUAUUUUCAUCAAGCUGAAUCUUUUUGUGGAAUACUAUUUGUUCACAUUGUAUUAUCAAGGCUAUAUUGUGUUUUGACGUUUUUAAUCCCAGGAUGGGGCACAAAGGAAUCUCGGUGACAGGCCUGGUCUGCAGCGUUGCUUUCUUUCUUCUACCGCUACAUUCCGCCUAUGGAGACGUGAGCUAUUCUAUUCCGUAGGAAAUGAAACGAGGAUCUGUUAUUGGAAAUAUAGCCAAGGAUCUCGGGCUGGAGCCGAGGAUACUGUCCGCUCGUAAGGCCCGUAUUGAUACCGAAGGGAACCGAAAACGGUAUUGUGACAUUAAUCUGAGUACUGGAGAUCUGAUUGUUGCGGAGAGGAUUGACAGAGAGGGGCUUUGUGGAAAGAAGGCUUCGUGUGUUUUAAACCAGGAACUUGUAUUGGAGAAUCCUUUGGAGCUGCAACGUAUCAGUCUUCAUGUUGAAGAUAUUAAUGAUAAUUCUCCACAAUUUAAGGACGAAGUGAUUAAAAUUGAAAUGCGCGAAUCAGCAGUUAAAGGCGCUCGUUUUUUACUUGAUCAGGCACACGAUGCAGAUAUAGGACAGAAUGCAGUGCAAAGGUACACUUUACAAAAAAAUAACAAUUUCCUGUUGACCGUUGAUAGUCAUACUGUUGAGCUUGUUCUAGAGAAAGAGCUUGAUCGUGAACAAAGCAAUGAAAUCAAAUUAUUGCUUACAGCUGUAGACGGAGGCUCUCCGCAGAGAUCCGGUACCGUAGUCAUACACGUCACUGUACUGGAUGCUAACGAUAACGCCCCAGUGUUUAGCCAGGCCGUCUAUAAAGCCAGUCUGCCUGAAAACUCUCCUUUAGAUAUUGUAGUGGUUACAGUGAGUGCUACGGAUGCAGAUGAGGGAGUUAAUGGGGAAGUGACGUAUGACUUCGCUCAUGUGUCAGAGGAAGAUGACAAAUUAUUUUCUAUCGACCGGAAGACCGGAGAAAUUAGAGCUAUCGGCCCUAUUGAUUUUGAAGAAAUGUCAGACUUUGAACUGCGUAUCAAAGCAAAGGAUGGUUUAGGCUUAGCGUCAUAUUCUAAAGUCAUAAUAGACAUCACAGAUGUUAAUGACAACGCCCCUGUGAUUUAUCUAAAAUCUCUGACUAGCCCCAUACCUGAGAACGCGUCACCUGGUACAGAGGUGGGCAUCAUUAACGUGCAGGAUAGAGACUCUGAGAAUAACCGACAGGUCCGCUGCUACAUUCAGCAAAACCUUCCCUUUAAGCUGGUGCAAUCCAUCAAAAACUACUAUUCUCUGGUGACCACGGGCGAACUGGACCGGGAACUAGUGUCUGAUUACAACAUUACAAUCACUGCCACCGACGAGGGCUCUCCACCUCUGUCCUCCUCUAAAAGUGUUCAGUUAUCUGUAGCUGACGUCAACGACAACCCACCUGUGUUUGAGAGACAGUCCUAUAAAGCCCACGUGACUGAAAAUAACAAACCCGGUGCCUCCGUGUGUUCCGUUACUGCACGAGACCCAGACUGGAGACAGAACGGUACAGUGAUUUAUUCUAUCUUACCUGGUGAGGUGAACGGUGUCCCGGUGUCCUCGUUUUUAUCCGUUAACGGAGACACGGGGGUGAUCCACGCUGUGAAGUCGUUUGAUUAUGAGCAGUUCAGGAGUUUUAAAGUCCACGUGGUGGCCAGAGACAACGGUUCUCCUCCGCUCAGCAGCAACGUCACGGUCAGUGUGUUCAUAACGGAUGUGAAUGACAACUCUCCUCAGAUACUAUACCCCGCCCCAGAGGGGAACUCCUUCAUGACCGAGCUGGUCCCCAAAGCUGCGCACGGAGGCUCUCUGGUUUCCAAGGUGAUAGCGGUGGACGCGGACUCCGGCCAGAACGCCUGGCUGUCCUAUCAUAUAGUCAAAUCCACUGAUCCGGGACUUUUCACUAUUGGUCUCCACAGUGGAGAGAUCAGGACACAGCGGGACAUUUCUGAAUCUGACAACAUGAAACAGAACCUCAUUGUGUCAGUGAAAGAUAACGGACAGCCCUCUCUCUCUGCCACCUGUACCAUGUAUUUAGUGAUUUCUGAUAACUUGGCUGAAGUGCCAGAACUGAAAGAUGUCUCUUAUGAUGAGAACAAUUCCAAACUCACCUCUUAUCUGAUCAUCGCGCUGGUGUCCGUCUCCACCUUUUUCCUCACCUUCAUUAUUGUCAUCCUGGCCUUGAGGUUUUGCCGCAGGAGAAAGCCCAGACUGUUGUUUGACGGAGCGGUCGCCAUCCCCAGCGCGUAUCUCCCUCCCAACUAAGCAGAGGUGGACGGCGCGGGAACUCUCCGCAGCACUUACAAUUAUGACGCAUAUCUGACGACGGGUUCGCGCACAAGUGACUUCAAGUUCGUCACAUCUUACAAUGAUAACACACUGCCCGCAGACCAGACUCUGAGAAAAACUCCAACAGACUUUGCUGAAGAUCUUGACGAUUCCAACGUGUCCCCCCCAGAGGUAGGCCUUUAUUGUAAACAAAAUUAGUCACUGAAUAUUUGGAAGUCUUUCUUAAGUGCAAGUGAUUUUAAACACCAAUUAUUUAUAUAUAUUUGAUACCCAGUAAUAUGAAAUCAUAUUACCUAUCAGCUAACCUGCUUGUACCAAUCCCAUGGAAUUACACUAAAUUACUGUAAAAUACAAACCCUGCCUCCCCUCAAUUAAUUUAAUUAAUUAAACCAUCCAUCCAUUAAUUCAUUACAAUUACCAUAAAAAUAUUACAGUAAGAGUAUUGUACCAUAAAACGGAUUACAGUAACAUGCUGUAAACAUACAGCAUUAUAAUGGCAACAGAGCAAAUUACUGUAAUUAUAUAUUAGCUGUGUUGCUGUAAUGAUUACAGUUGGCUCAUUUACAGUAUACUUCUGUAUUGCAUAUUGUAUUGUGUAUCACUUAACAUUCAGUAUUUGCCUGACAACUCUGCUGACAGUAUGAAUCUAUAAAUUUACAGGGACAUUUUUGACACUGUAUAGGCAAGUUGAUAGGCUCCAUGUUUGAUGUAAUUGGUCAUGUAGACUCUUAGGUUAUUGUUUUGACCUCUUCAGUUGAAGCAAGAAAUAUUGGGGUUAAAUAUAUUGUACCAUUAAACAUUUUGGAGUCACCAACUCAUUUGUAACGGUCGUCGUGUGUAGUGGACCAAGGCGCAGCGGGUUGAGUGCUCAUAUUAACGUUUAUUGAACACU